AUGAAACCAGAUGACCAAGAGAAGACAACAUUCAUCAUGGAGCGGGGAACCUUUUGUUACAAGGUCAUGCUGUUCGGACUUAAGAACGCUGGUGCAACAUAUCAGAGAUUAGUUAAUCGGAUGUUCACCGACAUGCUAGGAAAGUCAAUGGAAGUAUAUAUUGACGACAUGUUCAUCAAGUCUCUAACAGCAGCAGACCACCUCGAUAAUCUCAAACAAUCAUUCCAGGUACUUCAAAAAUAUAAUAUGAAACUCAACCCUGCCAAGUGUUCUUUUGGUGUUUCUUCAGGAAAAUUUCUAGGGUACUUAGCCACAAAGCGAGGAGUCGAAGCAAGCCCAAAUCAAAUACGCUCCAUACAGAAAAUUCAAUCGCCAAAAUCAGUUAAAGACGUCCAACACCUAACUGGGAAAAUAGCAGCACUCAAUCGUUUUGUUUCAAAAUCUUAUGAACGUUGUCAUCUGUUCUUCUCGACACUUAGAAAGACAAAGGAUUUUGAGUGGACAGAGGAAUGUGAAGAUGCACUUAGACAACUUAAAGAAUACCUCGCCUCACCUCCACUCUUAGCGAAACCAAAAGAUGGUGAAUCACUAUACAUGUACCUAGCCAUCUCAGGGACAUCAAUCAGCGCUGUGUUAAUCAGAGAAGAGGAAGGAAGGCAACAACCCGUCUAUUAUGUCUCAAAGACUCUUCUUGACGUAGAAACAAGAUACAUCCAAAUUGAGAAGUUGGCUCUAGCACUUCCAGAGCUCUCAAGAAGACUCACCAAGUGGGCAGUGGAACUCAGUGAAUACGACAUCACAUUCCAACUGAGAAUAGCAAUCAAAUCUCAGGUAUUAGCUGACUUUAUUGCGGAUUUUUCUAGUGACAUGCAGGUACAAGCAGAAAAAGAGUUGUUGUGCUUGAAAGAACAAUCUGACUCUAAGUGGAAGCAGUCAGUAGAUGGUUCGAGCAACAGUAGAGGAUGCGGUUUAGGAGUUGUUCUGACCUCACCCCAAGGAGAUGUCAUUCAACAAGCAAUCAAGUGUGACUUCAAAGCGACCAAUAAUGAAACUGAGUACGAAGCACUCAUUGUUGGGCUCGAUCUUGCUAAGGAGAUGAAUAUCAAGAUUCUCGAGAUCACGUCAGAUUCCCAACUUAUAGUCAAUCAAUUCAAUGGUACAUACCAGGACAAAAACUCAAAAAUGGUGGUGUACCUCCAGGCUGUAAAAGAAAGACUGUCAAGCUUCACAGAAAUAUCCAUCAAUCCAGUGCCAAGGAUCGAAAAUAGUCAUGCUGAUGCACUAGCCAACCUAGAGUCAACAAUUCAAACCAAGAAUGGAGUCACAAUUCCAGUCAUCUACAUACAGUGGCCAGUGGUGUGGAAACCUCAAGAAGAAGUCAAGGAUGUGUCGGAGAACAUCAGUUGGAUGACACCCAUAAUCCAAUAUCUGACUGAUGGCACACUCCCGCAAGACAGGAGUGAAUCUCGAAAGAUUAGAGCCAAGGCAGCAAGGUUCACUUUAUAUGAUGGCAAAUUGUACAAACGAUCAUUUUUUGGGCCCUUACUUAGGUGUCUCACUCUAGCAGAAACACACUAUGUUCUUACAGAGUUACAUGAAGAUGAUUUUAGUAGGUUUACAUGGCUAUACCCUUUAAAACAUAAGUCUGAUGCUUUAAGUGCUUUUCUUCAGUUCAAAUCCUUUGUUAAAAAUCAAUUUGAAACAAGGAUCAAAGCUUUAAGGGCUGAUUGGGGUGGUGAGUUUCAAGCCUUUAAUAAGGCCCUACAAGAGAGUGGUAUUCUUUUUCAACAUUCAUGUCCUCAUACCUUGGUUCAAAAUGGAAGAGUCAAGCAAAAACAUCGACAUAUUGUCGAAAUGGGACUUACAUUGUUAGCUCAAGCGAGUAUGCCAUAUAGGUAUUGGGUUGAUGCUUUUCAAACAUCUGUAUACCUCAUAAAUCGCGUACCUACUCCUAUACUAAAAGAUAAAUCACCCUUUGAAACAUUGUAA